CCCCCCCCCCCCAAUUUUUACAGUGUAUUUUCUUGAUUCAGUUAUGUAAUUCCUGAAUUUAUGGCUCUCAGUGCACCCCUAGUUUUAUACUGUAAUCGUCUUGCUUAGUUUAUGUAUUUAUAAUGUAUUUUUUGCGCCUUUUUUGUAGUGAAAUGUUCAUGCUUUAGAUAUGUAAUUAUCAGGUUUAGAUUUACGGAUUUGCUAUUUUACACUCGAAUGGAUGUAUCUAGCACUGUUUUUGCAAGAACUUUCUGGUGAUGAAGGAGGUUUUGACAAAGCUCUUUUGAAGUUCUAUAUGAAUCAAAAAGUAAAAUGCUUGAAUAGGAAAUUAUCAUCUGCUGGGAGAAGGAAUGUGGAACCUCGUAAUGUCUUCUUCGUCGAGGAAUCCAUUGUCUCCGUCUUGUACAUGCGAGUCGUCUGGUUCUUUCCAUUCUCCUUCAUUAUUGUGGGAUUAAAUUCUGCUCUGCCAUCUUCGCUUGCUGUUGCUACGGCAAUGCAUUUCUUCCAAUGUCUGCAGAGUAAGUUAAAAUAUUUUCCAUGUAAGAGAUGAAGCCGGUGAAGGGGUUGAAGAAUUGGGGUAGGAGUAGAAGUGCUCCUGAUCCCCUGAUCUGGGGAUCGUCUCUUGAGUGAUUUUCCUAUGAUCUCCCCCAAUGUUUGGUUGAUGUUCUCUUGAGUAGAAGUGCUCCAGGUUCAGUUGAAACCGGGUCAGAGUUUAACCCGACCUGGUUUGAUAGAAAUACAGAACAUACAGGUUGGCAUCUAUUUAUUUGUCAGGAAAUUUGAAUGUUGUCGAAUUGAAAAACAGUCAAAUACUAAAUAGACAGUCCCUAAAA